UUCGUCACUCGGUGAGAUGUUGUGUUAUUGGGGAGCACAGGUCCGAGAGGGCUUCGAUUUGCCUGGCGAAAUCAAACCCGUAAAUGAUGGUCUGAAUUAUGUGUGUACAAAAUCUGAAAUUCAGGACAUGUCAGCAGGAAGAUGUUUCGUUGGAUUUAUCCGCGAUUGGAAGGUCUCAGUCCUGAAAUUGCGCACAGAUCCCAGCGGUCAUGAUGGCAAACUGAAACCACUAACUCUGAAGAAAGAAAAAAUCAGAUCAGUAAUGUGUGGGGGAUCUGGUGCAGUCCUUCUCAGUGAUGAGGGAAGAGUUUUCGUUAAUGACAAAUCUACUGAGUGCAUUCUUUUCAAAGGUUUGGCCAACAGAUAUGUGAUUCAGAUUGCGUGUGGAGACCAGCAUUCAAUGGCACUAACCCAGAAUGGCCAGUUGUUUGUAUGGGGCAAGAACUCUCAUGGUCAGCUGGGUCUGAAGGAACUACCUGAUUCUGGAUCUGAGAUUCCUCAACACAUUGAGUGUCUUGAUGGGGUUCCAGUGUCUCAGAUCAGCGCUGGAGGAGACCACAGUUUUGUGUUGUCUUUGUCUGGAGUCGUGUUUGGCUGGGGAAAGAACUCUUCUGCACAGCUUGGCCUGGGAGACACUGAAGACAGACAUGUGCCCACGGUUGUAAAUAGCCUGAAUGGGAAGAAGACUCAGUUGAUCUCGUGUGGAGGGGAACACACUGCAACUUUGUCAAAGGGAGGCGUUGUGUUCACAUUCGGAUCAGGAAAGUUUGGCCAACUUGGGCACAACUCAUUUAAAGAUGAACAUCGUCCACGAGUGGUUGCUGAACUGUGGGGCUCAAAAGUGUCACAAGUCACAUGUGGAGGAUAUCACACACUCGUGUUAGUCGAAUCAUCAAAGAAGAUCUAUGCAUUUGGAUGUGGGAAGCAAGGACAGCUUGGAAAUGGACAAAUGAUCAACCAGUCUGUGCCAUCACCUGUAGAACUGACAACUGAAUUUAAUGAUGAAUAUGCAAUUGGAAAACUCAUUGCUGGGGAGAAUCAUUCAUUUGCUUUGUUUUUCAAGGUACCUGGGAGUGGAUCAACAAAUCCUCAGCCCAAACAAAGCAGAAGGAUUGUAACAUUAGAUGACGGAGUGAUUGAUCAGUGGGUGUCUGAAUGUGAUGCAAAGUCAUGGAAAGCUAUUAAGAAUGAAAUUAACAAAGUUUUCUCAUCUGCUGCCUCUCUGAAUGGAAGUUUUCUUAAAAGUUGUGACAAACAUUAUCAGACAUCUGUGGAACUCUGUGGUUUGGACUUAAACCUGAUCAAAAAAUCAUUUGCAAAAUUGUCAGUGAAUGAAAGGGUUAUGUCAGAGGUUGUGAAGAUUGUUCAAGAUGCUCUGUUGCCCUCUCUUAACUCCAGUCCAGUUAGUUUUGAAGCUUUGAGAGUUUAUCUUCUCCUCCCUGAGCUCAUCAGAGUUUGCCAGGAGCAAUACAGAGCUGAACUCCUUCAAGCACUCUCCUCCAAAAUUCUUCUGCUGACACCUGACGCUCUUAAGGUGUUGGAAAAUGUCUGGUCCAAACUCCCUGAUGAUUGUCUCAGAGGUUUAGUGAAGUUAUUUCGCAUUACAUCUGCUGAGCUGAUUGACAAUAUUUGCCUUGGUAAAAAGACGGAACAACCACACCUGGAAAAUAUUUUGCAGGUUUUUCAGAUGGUCAAUAAGGUCUGCAGCAGUACCCACCGUAACAUCACAAGCAACGAUUUCAUCAUCCACAAGAUCAGUGAUCUUCUAGAUACGCUGCAAACCACCAUUGAAGAAAUGGAAGAUGCUGAAAAUUGCACGUCAUUGCUUAUGUGCCAUAUCAUAGUGAAUCUGAAGGACCACUAUGUUAAAACUAUUGAAAUGUUGAGUAAUUUUCCUUUUGUGGCUGACACUGCAUCUAAACAGAGAAUGUUUAGUUUCUUACAGAACCCAAACAACAUGAUAUUUCCAUUAGACAACACUUUGGAAGUAAACAGGAAGUCAGUGUUGGAGGACACACUUCAGUAUCUUAAACAAGACAACCUCUCACUUGAAUAUCCACUAAAGGUGACGUUUGCAGGUGAGAAUGGCAUAGAUGAGGGAGGGCUUUCGGCAGAGUUUUUCUCUUUGCUUUCCCAGUCGCUUCUUACAUGGGAGAAAAACCUGCUGGAAAUCUGUGAGAAUUCACUGGUGUGGUUCAAUUUGGAACACACACACACAGAAGAUUUUUACUAUCUUGGCAUAAUCUGUGGAAUGGCGCUGUUCAAUCGACAGUGCAUGAAUAUUGACUUCCCACUGGCGUUGUUCAAGAAACUACUCGACCAGAGAGUCACUCUGAACGAUCUAGAGGAAAUAUCUCCUGUGGAGGCCAGAUGUUUAAAGGAUCUUCUUGAGGAGGAAGAAGAAGUGGUGGAGAUGCUCUUCCUGGAUUUUACGAUCAAAGGGCAAGAGCUUGUUUCCAAUGGAUUUCAGAUUCCAGUAACAAAGAUUAAUCGGCAAAAGUAUGUGGAUUUGUAUGUAGACUUUAUUUUCAACAAGUCAGUGAUGAAUCAGUUCGAGCAGUUCUCUGAAGGUUUUUCUAAAGGCUGUCCGGUCAAUGCCUGGAGAAUGUUUCAUCCUGAAGAACUCCGAGAACUUUUCCAUGGUUCUCCUGUAUAUCAGUGGGAAGAACUUUCCAAGUGCACUACCUACCAAAACUGUUCUCCCUCGGAUGCGCUGAUCAAGAAUUUCUGGACCGUUUUCAUGGAGUUGUCCGAAGAAAACAAGCAGAAGUUUCUAUUUUUCAUGUACGGAACGAAUCGUGUACCUGCCGGUGGACUCUCAAAGCUGACUCUGAAGAUUGUGCAGAUGAAGGUUCCUGAUUCAGAUAAUCGUUUUCCAGAAGCACAGACAUGUUUUAACACAUUACGUCUACCCAAAUAUACUGAUAUUGACACACUUCGUAACAAGCUAAUACAUGCUAUCAGCUUUUGCAGGGUGUUUGGACGACAAUAAGAAGGUCAACCAUGCUAAAAUGCGCCAAACCUCAAACAGGUGUGAUCAGCUGUAUGCCCUUAGUAUCUCUUUAUAAAAUGUUACAUAAACUCUAUAAUCCUGUAGUUCAGUCAAUACAGCAUUAAUACUUUAAAGGUCAUGGGUUCAAUUCACAGGAGACACACAAAGUGAUAAAAUAUAUUCCUAAAUGCACCGUAAGUCUUUCGAUAAAACACUUGAACAAAAAAAAAACUAAAAAAAUGUCUUUCUUGCUUAGUAUUUUUGUCUUGUUUUUAGUACAAAUAUCUUAAAAUUCUUAAAAAAGAUUUAUUUUCUAGAUGAGCAAAAUGACCUAA